GCAGCAGGGAUCCCAUACGUGGAGAGGAGUCUGCUGUGAGGUCUGGGCGAAAUGGCGAGCCUUCUGCGCAUUGCUGUUAGUGGGUGCUCAACUCCUGUUUUUGGCAAUGUGUUACCACCUAAGGUGCAUUGUGCAAAGAUGCUGUGUUUGCGAAUGUUUAGAACCCACCAGAUGCUCAGGUCUCAGGCAGCUCCAAAGCCAGGAAUUCCUUAUAAACAGCUGACUGUAGGUGUCCCCAAGGAGAUAUUUGAGAAUGAGAAGAGAGUGGCUCUAUCACCGGCUGGAGUUCAAGCCUUGGUUAAACAAGGCUUCAAUGUUGUGGUGGAAUCUGGUGCUGGAGAAGCUUCCAAAUUUUCUGAUGACCAUUACAGAGAAGUUGGAGCAAAGAUCCAGGGGACCAAGGAAGUCCUGGCUUCUGAUUUGAUUGUCAAAGUGAGGGCUCCUAUAUAUAACUCAGCUCUAGGUGUACAUGAGGCAGAUCUUUUUAAGACGGCGGCUACCCUGAUUAGUUUUAUCUAUCCAGCACAAAAUCCAGACCUCCUGAAAAAACUCGCAGAAAGAAAAACUACUGUCUUGGCUAUGGAUCAGGUUCCACGGGUCACCAUUGCUCAGGGAUAUGAUGCACUUAGCUCCAUGGCCAACAUUGCUGGUUACAAGGCUGUGGUACUGGCAGCAAAUCACUUUGGUCGAUUUUUCACGGGUCAGAUCACAGCUGCUGGCAAAGUUCCUCCAGCAAAGGUCUUGAUCAUCGGAGGAGGAGUUGCUGGCCUGGCUUCUGCAGGAGCAGCUAAAUCAAUGGGUGCAGUGGUUCGUGGAUUUGAUACUAGAGCUGCAGCUCUGGAACAGUUCAAGUCUCUUGGUGCUGAGCCUUUGGAAGUCGACUUAAAGGAAUCUGGAGAGGGACAAGGUGGUUAUGCGAAAGAAAUGUCCAAAGAAUUUAUUGAAGCUGAAAUGAAACUCUUUGCCAAGCAGUGCCAAGAUGUUGAUAUUAUCAUCACUACAGCGCUUAUUCCAGGCAAAAAAGCUCCCAUCUUGUUUAAGAAGGAUAUGAUUGAAUCGAUGAAGGAAGGUUCAGUCGUUGUGGAUUUAGCUGCAGAAGCAGGGGGAAACAUUGAGACUACAAAGCCUGGAGAAAUGUAUGUUCAUAAGGGUGUUACACACAUUGGCUACACAGACCUGCCUAGCAGAAUGGCUACCCAGGCCAGUACUCUGUAUUCCAAUAAUAUAAUCAAACUCCUAAAGGCUAUUAGUCCUGACAAAGAGAACUUCUACUUUGAUCCAAAAGAUGAAUUUGAUUAUGGGACUCUAGAUCAUGUUAUUAGAGGAACUGUAGUCAUGAAGGAUGGCAAGGUGAUUUUCCCAGCACCUCCACCAAAUAACAUUCCUCAAGGAGCCCCUGUGAAGCAGAAGACUGUAGCAGAACUGGAAGCAGAAAAAGCAGCUACUAUUACACCUUUCAGAAAAACUAUGACUAGUGCAUCUAUAUACACAGCAGGUUUAACUGGCAUGUUAGGACUGGGCAUUGUAGCUCCUAAUACUGCUUUCACACAAAUGGUGACGACAUUUGGCCUAGCUGGAAUAGUGGGGUACCAUACAGUAUGGGGUGUGACUCCUGCUCUUCACUCUCCACUCAUGUCAGUGACUAAUGCUAUCUCAGGACUAACUGCUGUUGGUGGGCUGGUAUUGAUGGGAGGAAACUAUCUCCCUGAAAACACUCCUCAAAGUCUAGCAGUGCUUUCAGCCUUUAUCUCUUCAGUCAAUAUUGCAGGUGGGUUUCUAGUUACACAGAGAAUGCUGGAUAUGUUCAAACGUCCCACAGAUCCUCCUGAGUACAACUACUUGUACCUACUUCCUGGUGGUGUAUUUGUAGGAGGCUAUGCAGCUGCUCUCAACGGUGGCUAUAAUAUUGAACAGAUGAUGUAUCUGGGCUCAGGCUUAUGCUGUGUUGGUGCCCUGGCUGGUCUGUCCACCCAAGGAACAGCUCGUCUUGGAAAUGCUUUGGGUAUGAUUGGUGUUGCAGGAGGUUUAGCAGCGACUCUUGGAGGCCUUAAACCCUCACCUGAAUUGUUGGCGCAGAUGUCAGGUGCAAUGGCACUUGGUGGUACCAUAGGUUUGACGAUUGCUAAACGCAUCCAGAUUACAGAUCUGCCUCAGCUAGUGGCUGCUUUCCAUAGUUUGGUUGGUUUGGCUGCUGUGCUCACCUGUGUAGCAGAAUACAUGAUUGAAUAUCCUCACUUCGCUACUGAUCCAGCUGCAAACCUCACCAAGGUUGUGGCGUACCUUGGGACGUACAUUGGUGGAGUCACUUUCAGUGGCUCUCUUGUUGCUUAUGGAAAACUGCAAGGUAUCCUGAAUUCUGCACCACUGCUCUUGCCUGGUCGACAUGCAUUGAAUGCGGGAUUGCUGGCUGCCAGUAUUGGUGGAAUGGUUCCAUACAUGAUUGAUCCUAGUUACACUACGGGAAUUACUUGCUUAGGUUCGGUGUCAGCUCUCUCAGCCAUAAUGGGUGUCACUUUAACAGCAGCUAUUGGAGGUGCUGACAUGCCUGUAGUUAUUACUGUCCUGAACAGUUAUUCUGGAUGGGCUUUGUGUGCUGAGGGCUUCCUACUGAACAACAACUUGCUGACCAUUGUUGGUGCACUCAUUGGCUCCUCUGGGGCCAUCCUCUCUUACAUCAUGUGUGUGGCUAUGAACCGUUCCCUUGCAAAUGUGAUUCUAGGGGGCUAUGGCACCACGUCAACAGCUGGUGGGAAGCCCAUGGAAAUUACUGGAACCCACACAGAAAUCAAUGUGGACAAUGCAAUUGAAAUGAUAAAGGAAGCCAAUAAUAUUAUUAUUACUCCAGGUUAUGGUUUGUGUGCAGCAAAAGCUCAGUACCCCAUAGCUGAUCUGGUGAAGAUGUUGAGAGAACAAGGGAAAAAUGUCAGGUUUGGUAUUCACCCUGUGGCUGGCCGUAUGCCUGGUCAGCUGAACGUACUUCUAGCAGAAGCUGGUGUUCCCUAUGAUAUUGUACUGGAAAUGGAUGAGAUCAAUGAAGACUUCCCAGAAACUGACUUGGUCCUAGUAAUUGGUGCAAAUGAUACAGUUAAUUCAGCGGCUCAGGAAGAUCCGAACUCUAUCAUAGCUGGAAUGCCAGUUCUUGAGGUCUGGAAGUCCAAACAGGUCAUUGUAAUGAAGAGAUCUUUGGGAGUCGGUUAUGCAGCGGUGGACAAUCCAAUCUUCUACAAACCAAAUACUGCCAUGUUGUUGGGAGAUGCUAAGAAGACUUGUGAUGCCCUGCAGGCCAAAGUCAGGGAAUCGUAUCAAAGCUAAAUACUGAUUUAUAUUCCACUCACGGUUGCAACUACGGUUUUGUUACAGAGGCCAUGGAAAACGAGUUAGAAGAAUCUUUUACUGUCACAAAGCAGCCAGCAUUUGGAGAAGACUGCAUUGACUCCUAGGAGAUGUAGAUCAGUCAGGGAAUGUAGGCUUUUAUGAAAGGAUGGGCACAUUAGCCCUUCAAACUAAAUCUCCCAUGAGGCAAUGCAUUAAAGAACAAAAAUGUGCUUUUUAAGGUUAACAUUGAGCUGUUAGAAGCAGGAACUAAUAACUCAUGGUCAUCUUUAAGUAGUUAUUUGCUCCCUCUUCCUAACUGUCUGUACUUCUGUCAUGGAAAUUCACUAAAAAAUACUGUGCCAAAAUUGUAUCCUGUCUUAUCAAAGCUGUUCUUUGGCCAGUAUGGACAAAACAACUAUUUAUUUCAUCAAAACUUAAAGCAAAAUUACAAGCAGAUGCAAGCAGAUGCAAGUAGAUGCUUACAUGAUUUGAGAUUC